AUGCCCUGCAAGGCGCUCGCCCUCAGCUUCCUGGGGCUCCUGGCUCUCUCCUCCGCUUGCUACAUCCAGAACUGCCCCAUCGGGGGCAAACGCGCCGUCCUGGACAUGGACAUCAGGAAGUGCCUGCCCUGCGGUCCCCACAACAAAGGCCGCUGCUUCGGUCCCAACAUCUGCUGCAGCGAAGAGCUGGGCUGUUACAUGGGCACCUCG